UAAGUCCACUUGUCUGGCAAAGAGAGAGAGAAAUAAAAACAGACCAGAGCGCACGCUGCUUCCUAAGUUGUCCUAGAGGAUAGAAUUAUCGCCAAAACUGUUCAGCUUAUCAUGUCUGGCAUUAUCACCUCAAAACGAAUCAGGUGUCCAUGUAAACGACAUGUAAUGGAUUUAAACUAAAUAGAUAUCCAAGAAAUUUUAUAGUUUACGCUGGACAAGGAAGUGGACGGAAUUACAUUAAAAGUGACUCACGGUGUGAGCGAUGCGUGUGUAACUGAAAAUCCGCAUGACUAUUUGGAGAGAGAUCCGUUUGUAACAACGUUAAAGAUGUCAUAAAUAUUCUUCCUCCAACUGCCACGCUAAAAAAUGGCUUUGGACGCCACGGGAAGUUCUUUGACUUUUUUGCUCCUUUUUGCCGUAUUUCUUCCUGCUGAAGUAUCAUGUUCAUGCGACACUGUAAACCUACAACCGCAUCUCAUCAAGGUCAAAGAAACCGACCAAGGUGUAACAAUAAAGAAUAUAACGUAUUCACUUCCUGACGUCACGUGGAGUAUGGCCCUGUCAAUCGCGGAUACCAUGGCGACAGCUCAGCUUGGGGAAUAUAUCAAACUUAAUUUUGAUAACACAUCUUUGGAAUUGGAAGUUGUGAAAGCUCUCGACAAGGAAGAACUUUAUUCGAAAUUCAAAGUUGAUAUUGAAAGCAUUACACUUCAAAUGUCUUGUUCAACAAGCGGAUCUCUAGCCACACGAACAAAUCUAACGUUGGUUAUCACUGCAUUGAACGAAUUUUCUCCUGAGAUUCACGGAGGACCUUACGACGUAUCCGUGAGAGAGGAUACUUCUAUUGGAUCAACAGUUCUGAUGGUGAAUGUCACUGACCCGGAUGUUCCCAAAACUCCGUUACUGUAUACAACGAAAGCUACUGGCAGUAUGGGUAUGGGCUCGGAAUACUUUGGGUUUCCACAACCAAACAAUCCUGGAAUGAAACUCCUGAAAGGUGUAGAUUAUGACAUGCUUGUAUCCAAUGGAAAAGAACCUAUAUUCCAUUUCCUGUUGAAUGUUACGGACGAGAAUGGUUAUGGUCUACGCAGUCAGACAAACAUUACAGUAGUGAUAGAGGACGUGGACGAUCUCCCGCCAUUAUUCCUGUAUCCUGAAUGUGGAAAACACUGUGCUACGACUCAGUACCGCAUAAUCACAGAAAAAGCACAUAGGGGUCCAUUGACUGUUCAUCCGGUUUCCUUAAAAGCGAAGGACCAAGAUUCUCUCAACUACAGCAUCAUUUAUUCUAUACGUCCAGAUCAGAAGAAUUACCAGUUAUCAUUUGAAAUAGAUGGCAGAAGCGGAAUCAUUUCUCAAGUACGAGAUGUAAACCGAACUGGAAUACUUUCAGUCAAGGCAGAGGAAAACUCCACUAACAAACAUUAUGCCGUGGCAUUGGUAUUGAUAGAGUUCCCAGAAACCCCAGUUAACCAACCAGAGCCUAACACAGCAGAACAUAAUAAAAAUGGACUUCUGAUUGGUUUAAUAGUUUUGGCUAUAGCAGCCGCCGCUUUGUUGUAUUUUGUGGUAUUCCUUGUACUCUUACAUAAAAGGCUUAAGAAGCAGGUAACACCGUUGGAAGUUGAUGACAAGACAACAAAAGAAUUAAAACUCAAAGUUCCGAAAACUUCAGAAGUGAACGAAGUAAAACCAAUUCCUAGAGAAAGUGGGAUUCGAGAAGAAGGUGGCAAUGGUGUUGAGAAUUCCACAGAACACUCAGAUUAUGAAAAGAAUGCACUCGGCAUUUACAAUUCUCCCACACCUUCUAAAAGGAAUAAUCUACUGGAACCGAUAAAAUCUAGAGAAUCUCAAAAGAAAAGGAAGAAAAAGAGAAAGAAAAAGACGGACGUCCUGAAAAGGUUAGGACACGAAAAGCAACAACAGUCGGAUAACACAGAGAUUCAACAUCGGAAUGACGACGAACACACAGAAAACAAACAUCGGAAUGACGACGAACACACAGAAAACAAACAUCCGAAUGAAGACGAACACACAGAAAACAAACAUCGGAAUGACGACGGACACAAAGAAAACAAACAUCGGAAUGACGACGAACACACAGAAAACAAACAUCGAAAUGUAAAGGACACAAACGAAAUGACAGAGGGAGAUAAUCCCCAUCAAGUGCAAGCCUUAGUCGGACACUUUGUGGAUGAAAAUACAGAAAUCAUGGUUUGAAUCUUCUAAGCUUAAGCUUGAUUGUGAUAUUAUUCUCUGUCAUAAACAUUCAAUAUAAAGGAAGUGAUAAAGCUACAUCUAACAGUUGAUUGUAAAAGACCAAUAAGCUACAUAGUAUAUACAAUGAAAACUGCCUAAUCCGACAUCUGUACUAUCCAUUUCACUAGGCAUUCCGACCUUUCUUUUCAAUUUCAUAUUUUCAUUGUUUUACACUGUUUAUUCCGACGUACUGUGUAUUCCGACAAAAAUUGUCACCCAGUGCAUGUCGGACUAAACAGGUUUCACUGUACCAUGAUAUAUCUUUGUGCAUGUAUUGUUAUUUGAUUGCAUGUUUAGUUUGAUACCAAAAACUAAAAGAGAGAAGGACAAACAAAGACCCAUGUAUAUACCAGAGGUGGGAUCAAGUGUCUAGGAGGAGUAAGCAUACCCUGUUGACCGGCCACGUCCCAUUAAUUGUCACCACUGAGAUAAUGUUUCGUUCAGCUGAUAACUUUGGGCCCAGCUUAAUAAUCUUUUUUAUCAAAUAUCCAUACUAUAUAUGACAUGGAUCCCUUCUCCACCAUUCAGUGCCUCGGUCUGUCCAAUACUUGCAUUAGUUGUCAUGUCAUGAUGCCAUACUCCUUGUUGUUAAAAUAAUAGACACUGGAAAAGCAAGUUCUGUAUUAGGUUUUAUCAAAGGUCUAAGAUGAAUAUAAUCCCGGGGACUUGUCAGGCUUUAGGUUUUUUAUUACUUUUUUCUACUUUCUCUGCACUUACCUCAGUGUCACACUACUCGUUAUGGAUAUGUCUCUUGUCCAGUGUUGGAAUCUUCUAGUCAGGUUCAUUUGUAAAAACAUUGCUGAAGAAAUUAGCCAAAAUAUUGGAUUUUACAUCACCACUCUUCGUUUUUUUUCCUGACUUUUAGGAUUAUUGGGAGCUAUACAAAGUUCACCGAUACCUUCGUUAGAUUUGCUUCUAGAGUUUAUACAUUGCCAUGGUCUUUUGGGGUUUGGCUUUCCCCCAGAUGCUAUAUUAUUAUCUUUUCUUUUUUCUUUUGCUUUUGAUUAGUUUCCCAACUUUGUCCAAAACUUUGUUAUAUUCUUUUCUCACUUCAAAAUCCUUUGUUUUGAGAUACAUUUCUUUAAUGAGUGACAUGGCGACUCUAUCUAGUGGGACUUGACUGCGAUGUUGCUUACCAGGCCUGAUGUUUGAGAUAAAUCCUCCAUUCACGGAAGUCUUCCUACACUGUAUCGAUGCCAUCAUCUCCACAGCUCAAUACAGUCUCACUCAGUGUCAACCAGCGCCUGUGUCAGGUCUGUAAAGUCUGCUUCCAUCUAGAUCUCUCCCUAUGAAUGAAAGAUUCUCGAGCUGGACGUAAAAUGAUAUACAACCAACUCACCUUGUAGAUCUAUUGUGUGUUACUAUUGUUUUGACACUUUUCAGGUAUGAUUAAGUAUGAUUACACAUUGGUCACUUUUCUGUAGGGGACUCUGGUAUUACGUGUCACCUAUAGCGUUUUCAUCAAACAUGAGUACUAAGUCAAGAGAACUAGGGUUGUCCUCCUCACGCCAUCUUGUUGUACUGGUUCAUUUAUAACUUAGAAUAAGUAGUUAUCCUUUAUAUAGUUAAGAAAUCUCUGUUCCUCUGAAUUUACACCUUUUGUCGUCAAUGAUUCCCAGUCAAUAAGUAGAUAGUUGAAUUCACCAAUUACAUCAUUGUAUUUUUAAAGUUUACAACAUCACAUAAAAGUUGUCUGAGUUUCUGAUGGAUAUCACAGUCUUCCACAUUUGUUUCAUAUUUGAAUAUUUUUAUUGAACAUAGAUGCAACUUCACGACAAGCGGGAUGACUUCAGUUUCUCCAUCGUUAAUUAUGAAAUACAUUUGUAUACCAACGUCAAGCGUCGCAGUUGAUAGUUCCAUAUAUUUUUAAUGAAAUCUAGUUUCAUAUUUACAUUCUACUUUCAUUUCUGUCGGAAUUCCUAGCAGUUGAAAUAGAAGUACUAAAUUAACCAAACUUCAUACGCGCAUUGUCAACAAUUACAGUAGCAAUCUGUGGUAUCUUUUAUUUCUACUUCACUGGAAUACAUCGAAUCGACCAUGAAUGAAAAUGUGAUGUUUUAUAGAUAAAACUUCGUGGAUAUACAAAUAUAUAUGUAAAUGUCGAGUUGAAGGUCACGGCAAUUGACAAAUACAGCCUGUCGUUAGGUCGAUUACUGUCUGACAAGUUUCCUUCCAAUUGUUGGGCUUUUCUUUACAUUGUUAGACAUUUCUUUACACACUAAUUUUGACAAUGGAUUACUCCGUUUACCUGAUCAAGAUAUAAGACUCACGGCGGGUGUGACCGGCCAACAGGGGAUGUUCACUCUUCCUAGACACCUGAUCCCACCUCUGGUAUGUCCAGGACUCCAGGGUUGGUUUUUUGUUUUUGGUCCUUCUCUUAAUUUUGUAUUCUUUAUGAGAUUGAUCACUGUUCGUUAUGGUCACUUGUUCAAUUGUAAGAUAUCUGCCGACGCAGUCUGUGUGAAUUCAUGAAUAUAAAAUUAUUUGCGCAUACAUGUAUUACUAUAAAAUGACUUUACAUACAAGAACAUACCAUGUAUUUCAUUCUUUUAAACAAGCCUUCAUUUUAGAAUUGUUUGUAGACUAUUGAAUUAAAAAAAUAAAUUAUUGAUCCUUAGAUGAGAUUGAUCACUGUUCGUUAUCUUCACCUUUCAUUAAGAAGUACACACAGGAUAUGUUUUAAAUUUUAAUCUUAAAAGUUACAUUUUUACACUAGCGAAAUCAUUAUCCCCUCCUCUACGAUUUACAAUGUUAUAAUAUGUAUAGAAGGUAGUGCUUCAAAUCGGUGGCAUCAUGUUUGUCAUAAAAUGUGUAGAAGUUAUCUAUAUAAAGAGUAAAAAUAACAAACCAUGCCAAUAUGUCUUACACUGUCACAUUUAAUUCUUAAUUAUGAAAAUAAUUUGCAAAAUACCAUGACACCUCGUUUGAUUUUCAGCAUGUGCAGGUAAACUCAAUCGGUACUUACGUAAAUUAUCGGUCGAUUAAAUCUUCCAUCGGAAAAUAAUCAUUUGGCAGGGACUUCAUAAAUCAAUCAAAGCACAGUGUCAUUCAUCUUCUCAAGGUGUACUUGCACGAUCUGUCGAAAUGCAAAUUAAGUGUAAAAUCCAAAACAAAGCGAUUAAAUCAAUUACAAAAAUUACCUCCUACGUUAUUCGAAGGAUGGCAGAUAGAAACAACACAGACUUUUCACAAUGUGAGUAGAUGUGAGAAAAUGACCACACAGCUGAACCUCCUUAUCGUCUUACUGGGAUGUGUUGGGUCCUUACGAGCAGUGGUUUUCAAAAUGGAAGCAGAAAAUUAUGCGGCCAAAAGAUUUCAUAAUCACAGAGAGAAGGCUAGCGGCGAGAAAGCAGUGAAUUUCAAUAAAGGUCAAAGUUUGAAUUUCUACUUUUGUCUGAGGCAUGCUGCGGAGGUAUCGUUAAACCAAGUCGUUUACUCGAAUGAUGGAGGGAGUGACACUUUCGAAAUGAGACUUGAUGGCAAACACUUUUUAGGAAGUCUGAAGACACCCGAACAGUCUAAUGGUGGUAAAAAUUGGAAUAAAUUCUUGUACAGUGGUCAAAAAGGUCCAAAUAUGACACUGGAGUCGGGGAGACACACGAUCACCUUAGAGUUCAAAGAAACGGACAGAUUUGGAAUAGAUGUUGACUUCAUAGAAGUGAGCGUUAACGAUGAGAAACUCCGUAAGGAUCUGUUCGAGUGCGCGAUAUAUUGUAUUCCGGGAAUCGAGUACAAAAAUGGACCUGCCCGUGACGACAUGCCCUCCGCCUCCGUACAGCGAAUAAUCGCACCUGUCACGUGUCCUUCUGAUGAUAAUAUCAUAAUACCAAUAUACCACGAGAAUAUCAAACAUUACCUACUAACAGCCACCCUGCCAAAAUAUAGGUCUUUUGAAAAUCACUACACCGCCAAAGAUUCUGUGUGCAAUGAUGACAGGGCUGGUAUUCUAUGGAGCUUUCCUAACUUGGAAAUUCCUAUGGAGACAUUUACUGACGGGUUAUCAGGAUUUACGACCGUGAAAUAUCACGCUUCAAAUAUCAGUAAAAACUCAGUCUUCUCCGUUACUUUUCAACCAGUUGCUCAGGACGACUUCGACAAAGGUAGCAAUUUGAAAAUAACUUUCCAUGAGCCUAAAUCAGACAUCUACGUAGAAAUGAAGUAUAAAAAACGGGAUGGAACUUGGUCCGAAUCUGAAGGACAGUAUAUAACGCCGCAGAGCAUGGACGUUUUGGUCAGUAUUCCUAGCAAGACCUGGUCAGAUACUACACAGAAUGAGAUCGAGAUUACCUUACUAGCAAACCCAGAAACUCUUACAGGCUUGAAUCUUGAUCUACGAUUAAUAAAACUCAGAGAGGAGAGACGGAGAGAAUAUGCCUUAUACAACAACUUGGACGUCCGCGUGGUGGUCAUCGAUGUUUAUGUCGGAGACGAAACAGACCGCGAAAAAAUGGCCGUGAAAAAUGAAGACAUGAAGGCCAAUAUUUCUACCGCGUCCUUUAUCAGCGUGUAUCAAAACACGCAGUGGUCCAGUUCUGUCAACGAGGUUCUCCGUCUUCAUCAGAAUGGUCGCUUACAACUCCUUCCAGCGUCACCUCACGGGUUCCAGGGGAACAUACCGUUUGGAACCUCUGUUUUCAUUGGCGCCCAUGAUACCAAUGUAUUGCCUCCCAAGAUCCCUAUAGAGGAAGUAACAGUUGUCCCAGAACCUCUUCAGCUGUUUGUGUCCUACAAAGAUGGUUCUAAAGCUACAUUGCAGGUAAAAACAGACCUCGACCAAACCAAUGUACUUGUGAAGGACGUUAAAAUGACCAGAGACCCGCUCAAAUAUCCAUUUGCUACCAUCAGUUCAAUGUGGCAAUACGAUGGCAAUUCGGACAUUGAUCACGUGAGUACUAAUGGGAAUGUAGAACGCCAUGUGAUGAACGGAUGGACGGAACUAUACGGAACUAAUUUUGCCUUCUUCCGGAAAUGUAUUUCGAAACAUAACACCUUAAGUCCAGAUAUUCAGUUGCAGCUCAUCAAUAAUGAGGAUCUGUACAUGCACGUGUGAUGGAGGGAAAGUUGUCUAGUGAUAAAAAAUAAAUGAACAAUACGUAUA